CGGAGGCCGCGGCGGCCGGCGCUGGAAUGUCGGGGAGCUCGAAGGUGGUGCUGGGCCUCUCGGUGGUGCUGACGGCGGCCACCGUGGCGGGCGUGCAUAUGAAGCAGCGGCAGGACCAGCAGAGGCUUCGUGACGGAGUGAUCAGAGACAUUGAGAGGCAAAAUCGGAAAAAAGAAAAUAUUCGUCUUUUGGGAGAACAGAUUCUUCUGACUGAGCAACUUGAAGCAGAAAGAGAGAAGAUGGUGUUGGCAAAAGGAUCUCAAAAAACGUGACUUGAAAUGCGUGUGAGAUAUUGAUGGAACAGACAGCGUUAAGUGUGUGUGAGUGUUGAUGGAGAACAGCUUAGUGCGAUCUUCAGCCUUUUUGUGGUCACCGUCCUUUUAAACUUGAUCAGAAAAAGGACGAUGGAUCGUAUAUU